AUAAAAACGAAUGCAGAAUAAUGUUGUAAGAAGCAUACAAUUAACUGUGACCCAAAAACUAAUGCAGAAUAAUGUUGUAAGAAGCAUACAAUUAACUGUGACCCAAAACUAAGUUUGAGAUGGACACAGCUAUCUUACCUUGGUACAAUAUCUAUCACUUAGUCCGGUCAUAUUUACAAGAUAAUAUCCAUCCAUUAUUUUCUUUGAUUUAAAAUAUAAACAUUUUUUUCAACUAAUUUUAAUUCAAAAUAUAAAUAACAUAAUAUAUGCAAUAAAAUUUUCUCAUUUUAUCCCUUUGUUUAUCAACUUAAAUCUUUAUAUACAUUUAUUUCUCACUCAUCAUGAAGUGUACUCAGAAUUGGGAUUAAAGAUAAAAAGAUAAAACAAUACUUAUUUUUAUAAGAAUGAUGAUUUUAUUGAUAUGCUAUUUUUUUAACAAAAAAAUGUUUAUAUUUUAUACUAGAUGAGUAAUUAAAAACAAAAAAUUAUUUGUAAAAUCUAGAAAAAACAUUUAUCACUUAUUCUCAAAAAUUACCAAUAUCACUUUUACUCUUAAUUUAAAUAAUGUUUUAAAUUCGGUUAAAUUUAAAUUUAACUAAUAUUUUUUAGAAAAGUAACUGAAGCAGGAGAGCGUCCAAUUAGCAUCAACCGAAGGGUGGGGCAAAUAAAAAAAAUGAAGAACCCCUGACCCGCCCAACGUACGAAGACCGGGAAGCUUGUGGUAACCACAAAGACGAAGGGCAAACCAAGCCGAAACGGAUUCCCCACACUGUCCCCCUGCGAUAUUUGACUUCCGUCCCGUUCUUUUGGCCGGAAAUCUUUUGCAUUUAGGGAUCACCCAAAAGUCAGCGCUUCCGAAAACUCAAUAGGCAUGGCGGAUUCAAGGGUGGAGACCAUAUCAAGGCUAGCCCAAUGGAAGAUUGACAAUUUUGGACCUUGCUCCUACAAGAAAUCCGAUCCUUUCAAGGUCGGAAUCUGGAACUGGUAUUUAUCUAUAGAGAGGAAUAGGUACCUGUACAUACAUCUAUUUCCUGAGCCUUCCCGGGCUUCUAAGGAACACCCACCCAUUGCUCGAUUCAUUCUCCGAGUUUCUAAUACUGGCUCUUCCCGCAGAUUCUACAUUUCUCCUGUUCAUGAACGACUGCUCAGAACAUGUGAUGACUUUGUCUGGCCUGUUGAUACCUCAUUUGUUGGUCGCUUCAUUAUUGAUGUUGAAUUCCUUGACCUGAAGAUCUGUCCUUUGAAUGGUGGAGAAGCUAGUUCUAUAUGGCCGUCUGAUGGAAAAUUGCAAUCUGUUGCUGCGCAAAGUACCCUCCAAUGCCUCUCUCGCAUGCUUGAUGAGGGCAUACAUGCUGAUCUCACCAUUAACACCGCAGAUGGUACAUUGAGAGCUCACAAGGCAGUUUUAUCUGCAAGUUCUCCUGUGUUUCAGAGCAUGUUUCAUCACAACCUGAAGGAAAAAGAAUCAUCUACCAUCCACAUAGAAGACAUGUCUCUAGAAUCUUGUAUGGCUCUACUAAGUUACUUAUAUGGCACAAUAAAGCAAGAAGAUUUCUGGAAGCACCGGCUUGCGUUGCUUGGAGCAGCCAAUAAAUAUGACAUUACUGGUCUUAAAGACACCUGCGAGGAAAGCUUAUUGGAAGAUCUCAACUCAGGAAAUGUCCUUGAGAGGCUACACGAGGCAUGGCUUUAUCAGCUGCACAAGUUAAAGAAAGGGUGCUUGACGUUCCUAUUUGAUUUUGGUAAGAUAUAUGACGUUAGAGAAGAAAUGAAUAACUUCUUCAGGCAUGCAGAUAGGGAGCUGAUGAUUGAGAUGUUUCAGGAGGUGCUUACAAUUUGGAAACCAGUAUAGAACCUAUAGGUUGCCAAAAUCAUUGUAUAGCCUUUAUACUUACAUACCUAUGCACGACUGUUUUGAGGAUUUAUUGACUGCUGUAUUACAUUAUGCAUAAUGCUUAACUGUUGUCUGAUUUCCCAGUCCUUGGAAUGACAAAUGGGGUGUAUUGCAGAAGAUCUGCCACGUAUUAAUGCGACGGAACAGCCAGUAGCUAGUUACCCUGA